AUGUUAAAAGAAUUUGAGUUGCAGAAGAAACACCUAGAGCAAAAACAUCAGUUGCUAGCUGCGCAAGAUGAAGGCGACAAUCAGAGCGUUCGCAGUCGUCGCAGCAUCGUUAGUCACUCGGCACGCAGCACCCGAACCAUGAAUUGGGUACAGCAACAUAAAAAUGCGAGCAAAGAAAAUGUUGCAGUAGGUGCACCGCUGGAUGGAGCGGUAGGCGGGACGUUAAGUGCAGUGCAAGCAACAGCGCCUGCUGGAAACGACACUCAGCAGCGGCCUCAGCAUGUUACGCCCGGGGAGUCCGUGCUGGUUAGAGAGCUUAAAAGGCGUGAAGAAGAAUCUCAACGACAGAUUCAAAUGCUGAGGGAUCAGUUGAAUCAGCUGCAGCUUGAAAUACAACAGCAGAAAAAAGGCAAUCAAGUUACAAACGCGGCGACAUCGAAGGGAGCAGUUUCUAAAACACGUCCCAAUAUUACGGCUAUCGCACCACCAGCUCACCGGCUACCUAGUUAUAUAGAUUGGCAAAUUUCCCCUGUCGAAACUGGUCAACCCGCCCCGAUAAUGACAUUCGAGCAGCCGCGAAAACACGCGCGUUCAUUCCAGAAUGCCGACACGGUGCCAGACAUUCCCACAUUCGAACAGCAGCGUAAUGUCGCGCGUAUGAAUCAAAUGAACAGAGAGGUCGGACAAACUGUACGUCAAAGAGAGCAGUCUAGCUGCAUUCCCCAAGCAUCAUCCGUCGAACGGAAUCCAGUAAUCGAACGUCAACGGCCGCAGCCCACACUAACUAUCGCGCACUCGGGACCGAGCAGCAGUGAACCGCCAGCAGACAUGGCCGUGGCCGCGGCAAACAUCGGACCUACUCAGGAGCAAUUGGCGGCAAGACAUCAGAUUGAUCAUAUGCAUCAUCACAGCCAAUCGAAGCUCCUAUUCCGAAUAAUUCCGGUCACGUUAUAUGGACAACAAGGUAUCAUCAAUACGUUCGCCUUUUUGGACGAGGGUUCUUCUCUGUCGAUGAUUGAGAGCAGCCUGGCCGAUAGACUAGGAGUUGAUGGAUACAGUAGGCCGCUCUGCUUGAAAUGGACCGGCAACGUAACCCGCGAAGAAAACGACUCCAAAAGAGUGGCAUUCGAAAUCUCUGGACUAGGAAAAACUGAACGUUACUGGAUUAGCGACGUCGGGACUACUAAGUCGCUGAAUCUUCCAAUGCAAACAUUGCCCGUGAAAAAGUUGAUGCAGGACUUUCAACAUCUUCGAGGAAUCCCUAUUGAAGAAUACCACGAUGCAGUACCCCGUUUGCUGAUUGGCGUUGAUAAUCUCAAACUAUCACUUCUUUUGAAAGUGCGUGAAGGAAAAGAAGGCGUUCCAGUUGCGGUGAAGACUCGUCUUGGAUGGUGCGUCUACGGCGGUCAAAGAAGCGAUGAUUCUUCCUUGGCCAGUUACCACAUCUGCGAAUGUAAUGAAGACACGGGAAUGGACGAAACGGUCAAGGCGUAUUUUUCGAUGGAAGACGUUGGUGUGCGUCCGACGAACGACUGUAUGUCUGAAGAGGACAAACGGGCGCACCAAAUUUUGGAGGAAACCACCAUUUUUGUUGGCGACCGGUAUGAGUCUGGACUUUUGUGGCGUUUCGAUAAGUUCGAAUUACCUGACAGCUACCCAAUGGCUAUCAAAAGGCUACAGUGUUUGCAGCGCAGAAUGGAAAAAGAUCCAGUGCUGAAAGAGAACAUUCAGCGACAAAUACAGGAAUACCUGGAAAGAGGAUAUGCCCAUCGAGCAUCCGCCAAAGAAUUGUCGACAGCUGAUCCACGUCGAAUAUGGUUCCUUCCAUUAGGGGCAGUUGUCAACCCUAAAAAACCCUCCAAAGUUCGUCUUAUAUGGGAUGCUUCGGCAAAAGUCGACGGUAUUUCGUUGAAUGAUAUGCUGUUAAAGGGACCCGACCAGUUGGCUUCGCUACCAGGAGUGAUAUUUCGUUUCCGACAACAUCGUGUUGCAGUCGUCGGGGACAUAAAACAGAUGUUUCACCAAAUAUUCAUCAAAAAUUCUGAUCGCUACGCACAUUGUUUUUUGUGGUCUCCCAAGGCGCAGAAGAAGCCAGACGUUUUCGUAAUGAACGUUGCCACUUUCGGUUCUACCAGCUCCCCGGCCACAGCACAGUUCGUGAAGAACGUUAACGCUCAGAGAUUUUCCGAGGAAUUUCCCAGAGCUGUUGAAGGCAUCGUCUACAACCACUAUGUUGACGACUACCUCGAUAGCUUUCCAGAUGAAGAUGAGGCCAAGCGCGUAGCGGGAGAAGUUCGAGACGUACACAGGAAAGGGGGGUUCGAGAUACGCAAUUGGUGUUCCAAUAGCUCUGCAGUACUGAAACAUUUGGGCGAAAAUCAAGAUAAAGUGGUGAAAAACCUCAAUCCUGAUAGCGGCGGGUUACCUGAUCGCGUCCUAGGUAUGCUGUGGAAUAGUGAAGAAGACGUUAUACACUUUGUGACUGCCAUGCGCGAAAACAUCAAGAAAAUAAUCCAAGAAGAUGCACGACCGACCAAACGCCAAGUUCUACAAUGUGUGAUGACGCUUUUCGACCCAUUAGGGUUACUAGCGCCGUAUUUGAUAUUUGGAAGAGUUCUAAUUCAAGACAUUUGGCGUGCAGGAACCAAAUGGGAUGAACAAGUGGACGAUUCCAUUUUCCAGCGCUGGCGGGAUUGGGUAAAAAUACUACAGGACAUCGACGAAGUACGGAUACCACGGUGCUAUUUUCGUUGUGCAAACCGCCUCAGCCUUGAUCGUAUCCAAUUGCACAUCUUCGUAGACGCCAGUCCGGCUGCGUACUCUUGCGCAUGCUACUUUCGUAUAAUCAACGCACAAGGAAAAGCAGAGGUGGCACUGGUCGCUGCCAAAGCAAAGGUAGCUCCGUUAAAGAUGAUGAGCGUUCCCAGAUUGGAGCUCCAGGCUUGCGUUCUUGGAGUGCGUAUGAUGAAGCUCGUUAUAGACGGUCACACCUUCCCGAUAAAAGCUCGUUUUCUGUGGACCGAUUCCAGUACUGCCCACACUUGGAUCAACGGAGAUCCAUACAAAUAUCGUCCCUUUGUUGCACAUCGGGUCAGUGAAAUCUUGGACACAACAACACGCGAAGAAUGGAGAUGGCUAAGAUCCAAAAUGAACUCGGCAGACGAAGCGACAAAAUGGGGUGUGGGUCCUCAUUUCAACGACCAGAGCAUUUGGUUGUCCUAUGCCUUCAAUUACCGCUCGGGAAUUGGAAAUCCAGUUGCGGAUUUCAAAGCCACCUUGAGCGUGCACGUGUUUUACUUCCUGUGCAAGCUGGAUCGCUGUCUCUUCGGAUUCUACGCUUACUAG